ACGUGUCUGCUCGUCCCUCGGGUCGUCAGGGUGACGUAGCCGCGGUGACGUCAGCUACGAGCAGGUUCCGUCCUGGAGUAUAAAGGCUGCGCGCGGCGGGAGGCCUCGGCCCCGCCCACCCGCAGCCUCCAGACAGAAGUUCGUAACCCGAUCGUAAUCAUCAUCAUCACUUCCUGCACGCUGUCGGCCGAGCUCGUCAGGACAGCGAUGAUGAUCCAUCUGACGCUGCUCCUCGGGGCCUCGUUCUCCGUUUGGCCCUUGGCUCCUGCAGCGGCGUUGGAGCUGCCGCCCUGCGAGCUCGUCAACAUGACGCUGUCUCUGGAGAAGGAAGGCUGUCCCCGGUGUCACAUGGUGGAGACGACCAUCUGCAGCGGCCACUGCAGAACCAAGGAACCCUCCAUCAUCUUUCCGCACUUGAAAGUGUACCAGCACGUGUGCACGUACCGCGAGCUGCACUACAGGACGGUGCAGCUGCCGGACUGUCCCGCGGGCGUCGACCCCAGCGUGUCGUACCCGGAGGCGCUGAGCUGCCACUGCAACCUGUGCGUCACCAACAUGGCGGACUGCAUCCGACACGAACACCGGGAGCCGGACGUCUGCGACAACGACCUCACGUUCCACGUGUAGUCCCGCGAGACUUGACGACGCUCCCGUCGAGCGUCACGUGACAUGAAUGAAAGAUCUUUCACGUUCACAGCACACAUUUCUACACAUGUAAUGUUCUGGAAUGCAAUUAAACUAAUAUAUUAUCAAAAAGG